UAAACAUUUUGGUUCCAAGUUUCACCAAGCUCGAUAUGUGUCGAAUUUCGUGGCGCUCGUGUCAGUCUUUACUCGCUCCGAGAAUACAUUUUGACAAUAUUCGCAGUUGCUUUGAUUAUUAUUCACUGAGUGCAGUACACAAUUUUUUUGGUGCUCCCACAUCGUUCAAUCAGCUGUUUUUUCUCCAACGUAUCACUCUCAAAAGCACAAUGGCAGACGUUACAAUGAGCAACGGUAACGGUAUGGGCACGUCGCGCAAAAUGUCAAUCAACUUGAAUGGAAAAUCCAAUGGAGCUGAAGGAAAGACACCGUUUCUUAUCGGUGUCUCCGGCGGUACCGCCAGUGGCAAAUCGACGGUAUGCAAAAGAAUAAUGGAAAAACUGGGCCAAGUCGAUAUGGAUCACACAGAGAGACAAGUUGUUUGCAUAUCGCAAGAUAGUUUCUACAGAGAUUUAACACCCGCCGAGAAAAUCAAAGCUGAAAAAGGACUGUACAACUUUGAUCAUCCAGAUGCUUUUGACAAUGAUCUUAUUCUUCAAACGCUACAAGAUAUACUUUCUGGAAUCAAGUGUGAAAUUCCUGCUUAUGACUACAGGACAAAUAGCUUAAUUAAGGAUCAGAUAACGACGAUAUACCCUGCUGAUGUCGUUCUUUUCGAGGGGAUUCUUGUUUUUUACUUUCCAAAAAUAAGAGAUUUGUUUCACAUGAAACUCUUCGUUGAUACAGACUCCGACACCCGAUUGGCACGCAGAGUUCCCAGGGACAUAAAGGAGCGAGGUCGUGAUUUGGAUUACGUGUUGAAUCAGUACAUGAAUUUCGUGAAGCCAGCAUUCGAAGAAUUUUGCUUACCAACGAAAAAAUUUGCUGACGUUAUAAUACCGCGGGGAGCUGAUAACACAGUGGCCAUAGAGUUGAUAGUCCAGCAUAUAAGAGAUUUGCUAAGCAACCGGGGUAGAGUAAACGUCGAAGCGGAAUGUCCAAUUAGUCAUGCGGAAGGAGUUUUCAAGAGACCUCAUUAGUUGUUUAAAUAACUUUUUGUUUUGUCGCUUUUGUUAUUAGUUCAAAGAGAGCACCUCUCUCUCUCUCUCUCUCUCUCUCUUUCUCACUCAGAGAUGAGAUUCAUCGAUUGCCAGUAACAGCGUCGUAAUACAUAUUUAUAUAUCAACUCCGAUACGUUUCCGCGGGCGUGAAACGUAUCGUUCGUACCUUAGAACACCAAAUUCAAUUAUCUCACCCAAUUUAUUCUCUAGGUAUGUGUAUUCAUGUUUUUAUAAUUAUUUAUAUUCGUUUGCUUUGUUUGAAUUUUUUGAGAAUUUCGUAUUCCCAUCAAGUCUAAUUUUAGGUUCUUGUUAAAUAUUUAUUUAUUGACAUCACAAGCAUGCCGAUGCUUCAAAGUCAUACUGAUUAUUCGCUUUUUCGAGUGUUUACGAAAAUCAAAGUAUAUUUAUUAUUUUUAAAUAAAAAAAUUCAUAUUAAGAAGAAUAUAUGCAUUAAAAGUGGCCUAGUUAAAUUUUUUGAGCUUAAAGCAGCAUAUAUUUAGAUAAUUAAAAAUAAUUGAAGGGAGAUAUUUGCGUAGUACCAAAUAUGAUGAAUGGUACUAUUGAACAAAAACAAUAUUGAGAGCUCGCACCUCCGUAUUUUCUUGUAUAUUUCAAUUACUUCACUGAUAAUACAACUCUAUAUUCAUACCGUCGUGUAUCUCAUCUGAAUAUUUCUGUUAAGGAAAGUUCAUCAUUGAUGCUUCGUUAAAGUCAAACAGAUAAAUUGUAAUUCGUUAUCUAAUUAGUAAAGCAAUAAGCCUGUUUCAAAAAUACUACCCUACGCAAUGUGAUAAUAGUCGAGGAAAGAGCACUUUACUUCAGAUGAAGCAAUUACUUCUUUUUCGUCUUUGAUAUGAUUGUUUCUUUGCAAAUUUUUUGAAAAAAAUCUUACAGUAUUAAUAUAAGUAUUGUCGAAAAAUCCAUAUCGUUCAAAUGGUUUCUUUUAUUUUGUUUAAUCGAAUUUACUAAAUUUCCAUGUGAAUCACAAACUUCAAUCAACCAAUUAUUCAAUGAUUGUACACGUAAUUGAUGGUUAACAAAGUUAGGAAAAAUUGCUUCGUCUACAGUUAAGGUAACACAUCUAUGACAGAUACUCCUUUAUUUUUAAUGGAUACUCAAAACUAUAAAUAUUUUUCUAGUAUUUAAAUCACAUUUUGAAUGUAAAAAUUAAUUGAAUCACAAGUUCGGCACAUGCGACGUUGCUAUGACAGUACAGUAGUACAAUGUCAUUUAGGAAUGUACAAUUUCAGAGUGUAUAGUCUUAUAUCUAUAAUAGUAUAUAUACAUAUAUGUUUAUAGAGUGGUUAUUUUUUCAACUAUCAAUACAAUCAAUAGGAAAUUUGUUCGUAUUGACUCUUACCAAAAUAACGACUAUAUAAACAUAUAUUUCAACGCUCUAUACAGGAAAGGAUACAAUCUUGCAGUUUUAUAUGAUCCUUGUAGAUUGUGUACCAUUUUUUGAGAACGAUUUUUCCCCAAUGCGUUCCUGUUUGCGCCGCUAUUAAUUUUUUCAGGUCUCCUAUUGUGUCGUCCGGGUUGCAUUUUACCCUGACUUUUUUUCCAAGGCGAUCGUUGCACGUUAUUUCUAACAUUAUUCAGCAAUCUGAUGGAAAAUGAACAAAUAUUUAUCACUUAUCAAAAUCUUUGAAAUUCAAUAAAAUUUUGUUAAUGUUAUUAUGAUUGUUCGAGUAACAGCGAAUUUCCCAGGUUAUCAAGAUUUAUAAAGUUAUGCAAUCAAUAAUUGAUAAACACGAUUAUAUAUCACUAUUUUUAAGAAAUGAUGAGCGAAAAAAUUACAAUAAAUGUUGAACGUUGUAAUUCAAAGUAUUUUUGAGGUUAUGAACUGAACGAAUACCGGGUCAAUAACUUGUAUAACGCGUGAUUUUAUUCAUAUUUGGAUGUUCGAAUUAUUAUCAAAAAUCGUCGUAGCCUCUACAUGAUAACUGAAUACCACAAAAAUAAUAAAAAUAUUGAUUAAAAAUUGUACAAAACGAGCAA